AUGUCGUCGUUGGCACGGGGCAUGUCGAUGCCGGUGCGUGUGUGCAUGCACCGCGGCAUGUGGCAGCAUGCAGCGAUCUCUACGGCUCGUGCCGCACCAGCCGUCCAGCCGCUCGAGCGACUCGGGUCCGUUGCGUCGGUGGCCGUGCAUGCCGAUGGCACACCCGUCGCGGUGCCGGCGCCUGCGGAAGAUGUGCGCCGCAUGCGGUCGCGCCGCGAGAGUCGUUGGCUCAAGAAGCAGCAGAAGCUGCGCGUGCGCGAGAACCGCAAGAAAAAUACCAUUGCUGCUCGACUGGGCAUUGAGGAAAACAAAGUCUCGCCCUACGUCCGAACGGACCAGCAGUUCAAGAUGUUCAAGCCGAUCACGCCCUCGAUUCGGUGGCUGCGGUACCCGCUGAAUCCACACCUGCACCGCGGCAAGCCCGUGCGUGAGCUCACGGUGGCUCAGCGCAAAUCGGGCGGUCGGAACCACCACGGCCACAUUACGGUCCGUGGCCGCGGUGGUGGCCACCGACGCCGCCUGCGCCUCGUCGACUUUUACCGCUGGGAGCCGGGUGAGCAAAAAGUCGUGCGCAUCGAGUAUGACCCCGGACGCAGCGCCCACAUUGCGCUGAUUGAGCACAGCGAGACAAAGCGUCUGAGUUACAUUCUUGCUCCGGAUGGACUCGUAGCAGGCGAUACCGUGGAGAGUUACCGCCAUAUGAUGCAGCACAAGCAGCAGCAGCACAGCGACGAUACCGUCAAUCUCGGUAUUUUCCGUACGCAGGCCAUCCGGCCUGGCAAUGUGCUUCCGCUGCGCAUGAUUCCCAUCGGCACGACCAUCCAUGCCAUUUCGCUCCUGCCGCUCGGCCCGGCCAAGCUCGUGCGCUCGGCAGGCACGUUCGGGCAGCUCGUGACAUUCUCCUCGCUGCGCAAAAACGUCGAGACGGACGAGAACGCCGACUUGGCGCAACAGCACACACACGCGCAAGUGCGCCUAUCGAGCGGCGAAGUGCGUAUGGUGCCGAUCGACUGCUGCGCUGCUAUCGGCACCGUGAGCAACAAGGACCACCAGCACGCUCGUCUCGGCAAAGCCGGCCGAAGCCGCUGGCUCGGUCGCCGUCCCAAGGUCCGUGGUGUGGCUAUGAACCCCGUCGACCAUCCUCACGGCGGUGGUCGUGGCAAGUCCAAGUCGAACAAGCACCCACGCUCCAUCUAUGGCUUCCCGCUCAAGUUCCAGCGCACGCGCAGUCCGAACUCGCGCAACGGCAACCGCAUGGUCGUCCGCCCUCGCCCACGGCGCAACGGCAAGCGCACGGGUUAA